ACUCAGUGAUGCUGAAAAGAGUCAGCUCCCCUUGCUAAGUAGCCAGUGAAUGGUUUAGGAAGGUGAAAUAUGGCUGACGAUGGAACAGCAAACACUUCCAAUACCUUAGCUUCUACCGUUCCUGUAGCUUGUCAGGGAAGUUCCCAGGGCUACCAGAUGCCAUCUACUGAAACAGACUCCAGUAAGACUACUACAAAACUGACUACUACAGAUCAAAAUCCCUCUCCAGCACCCGGCUUGUUCCCAGCCUAUUCUGUUCAAUCUGACAUUGCACUUGAAGCAAGUCAUGGAAAGUCUUCAGAUCUUUCCUGGCUCUCCAACAAAAGUUUUCCUAAUGAACUGGCUGCUAAUAAUUCUACACUGCCAUCAGUCAGUAGUAUUGCUGAAGAAUCUAGUGAUGAGGGAAGCAGUGGUUUCAGCUCUACUGAUGACGAUGAAGACUAUGAUGAUGAAGAUGAUAAAGGAGAGAAAUCUGAAGAAAAGGAUGCUAAAGAUACCAAAAACAGCACAGAGGACUGCAAAAUUAAGGUUGAACAUGUCUUAGGAGAUGAAGACCAAAACAAAGAUGGUGAUUCUAAGAAAAACUCAAGUCAUCAGAAUACAGAAAAUAGUCACUCACUUAAGAGAAAACAUAAAUCCAAGAAACACAAGCAUUCUAAAAAGUAUAAAAAAUUAAAGUAUGGCAAAACUGAUAAAUAUGGAAAAAAUCUUGCUGAACUCUAUAAAGGUAUUCCUGGUCAAAUUUUCCUUGGAGAUAAUGUAAAACCGUCUCUUGAAAACAUCUUCAGGAUUGACUGCAAAGCUGAUACUAACAUCUGGACUUAUGGUUCUAUUUACAAGUUACAUGUUGCUAAAUAUUUUCAGUGCUGCAAAUUUUGUCUUGGACUGACAGAUGACAAUGCUCGAUGUUUAUUAAUUAACCGAACUACACCAUCCUCAAGUGAAACCAAAAAAUUAGUAACUAAACGUUACUUUGAUGCUGACAGUUUAAAGCAAAUGAUUAGUCCUUCACAGAAAACCCAGCUGUGUCAAAAUGUGAAACAAACUUCUGAACUGCUUGAUAAAAAUGUCAUCUCGUUGACAGAUGAUAAUGUUAAUUCUGGGCACAACAACCCUGGUCAUCUUGAUGUAGCUUUGAACCAACAGGUGAGUGACACCAACACUGAUGGUGAAAACAAUAUUAGUAUAGCAACCAGUAGCCCUGUGCUGGAGAAGGUUGCUUACUAUAAUAAACGACUACAUUCAGAGUCACAUAAUGUGUCUCUGUGGUUGGAGUUUGUGUCAUUCCAAGAAACUUUUCUAGAGAAGCACGGCAAAAUGAUGUUUGAUGAUAAUGUCCAGCUUCUUUCAUUUCGUGGUGUCCUUGAAAAGAAAGUGGCUAUUCUAGAUAAAGCUAUUGAAUUUAACCCUCAUUCAAUUGAUCUAAAAGUUGCUCGUUUAAAACUGUGCCACGAUCUAUGGGAACCAAACAAAGUUCAGGAGAGUUGGGAAAAACUACUCUCUAAACACAGCACUGAUUCCACUCUGUGGAAGAAUUAUCUGCUUCAGCGUCAGUGCAACUUAACUACAUUCAGUGUGCUCAAAGUUACCAAACUCUACCAUAAGUGUUUCAAAUGUUUACUAGAAGCCCAAAAUUCUGAAAGCUGUUCACAAAUAUUAAAAAACACUCUGAACAAAAAUUUAUUGGACAUAUUUGUCCAGUAUUGCUGUUUCUUGCUGCAGACUGGUUUUACUGAAAAGAUGGUUGCAUCAUUACAGGCUGUGCUUGAAUUUAACCUAUUUUGUCCAACUUCACUAGAAAAGAGCAGUACUGAAGAUCGUAUUGCUGUUUAUGAGAGCUUCUGGGACAGUGGUGUUGCUCGUUUUGGUGAACCAGGUGCUGAAGGCUGGAAGUCAUGGGUUGAAACAAAAUCUUGUACAAAGGAUACUUCUUAUCGCUCAGUGUCAAUUGAUGAUAUUGAAGAGGACAUAAUUUCACAAAACAAACCCCAAUGGCAGACGUGGCUGAAUAUUGAACAACUUAGAGAAUCUGUACACUGGCUGCCAUGGCGACCUGACACCAGUGCUGAUGAGACACUAGAAGACUGUGAGGACCUUGAUCGCUUGGUGCUGUUUGAUGAUAUAGCUCCAGUGUUGAUUCAAUUUGAUGAUGACAGAUUAAAACUGAUGCUACUAAUUCAUUCCCUCUAUCUACUUGGGGUCUACAGAAAUGAACAGCAUUUUCUGCUCCUCACAUUCCUUCAAAAGUGGUUUAUCUCCCCAUUCACACUCAUUGACGUUCCACAAGCUGCUGUUCUAGAGAUUGGUUUAACAUUUGAACUUUUAAGUGGGAAUAAAGCUAGGCAUGAACUUUUCCAAAAAUUCGUUGAUAAUAUUUUCCAGCAAGCUGUUAAGGUAUUUUCAGGUGAGAACCAAACUGCUAUCACUUUGUUAUGGUUAGAACACCAUUUGUCUUUAUUACGAAAAUCACCAUCUGGUGCUGAUAAAACAUCUUCAAAAGACAUUCACAAGUUUGCCAAAUCUUUAUUAAAAGAGAAUCAUAACAGGAAUAAUUUAAUUCUUUGGAAUGCAUUUGCCCGGCUUGAAUGGGAAUUGGGCCGGAAAGAAGAAGCAUUUAAUGUUAUAGAGACAGUUUUGGUUAUGCAAGGAACUGAUCUGCUUCAGAUCAAAGAUCCUUGGGAAGGAGCUGGCAUCUGUGCCUUAUACCAUACAUACAUAGAUAUUCUUCUUGAUCUGAAAACUGAUUCACUGCCACCAUGUUCCAGCAAAGAGUGUUCUUCUCAAGAUUUAGACAAAUCUCGAUGGGCCCUCAUUCAUUUAGCAGAAGGUACCAAGCUAAAUGUAAAAAACUAUAUUUUAAAUACAAUUUCACCAACUAUGGUUCUGAAAACCCGGAAGAAAUUUGAUGAGAUCUCUGAACGACUUUGGGGUCAAUUCCAGCAAUCCACCCACGACAAAUUAACCAGCAUCUGUUACUUUCAUACAGAGUUUCUGGAGUGUUUUGCCCUGUUUGAAUAUUGUUUCAAUCGCCUCAGUGCUGUUGUGUCUUUAUUGGAUUCUGUGCAAAAUCAGUUUGAACAUUACUUGAAGAAGAGUGAAAGAGGUAUUCAUACACAAGAACUACCCUUUCUUGAAAGUCCAGCAGAGAAACAAAUCAUUCUUCAUUGUGAUAGAAUUGCUGUGAAAUUAUCAUUGUAUCACAUGAGUCAUCAUCAUCUGGCCCUGGGAUCCUUGAAGCAACUGAUCAAGAAAGCUACUGAAAGGCACCCUUCACAUCCAUAUUUCCUUAAGAUUUUAGUUCACAUUGAACAAAGUUCCUGGCUAAUGGGAAACCUUCGAAGAUAUUUUGAUCGCUGUCUUCUCAGCUCAACUUUGGCUUCACCUGUUCUGCUACUAUUUGCUUUAAGCUAUGAAUUAGAACAUCAAAACAAACUGGAAAAGCAAGCCUCAGUUGAUGGAGUGGUAUGUGCAACCUCUGGAACAUUGCAUCGUUUACGUUCACUAUUUGAAAGAGGCUUAAAUCAGCCACAAAUUUGCAAUUGUCCUCUGAUAUGGAGACUUUAUUUAUAUAUUGAGCAUAAAUAUGGUGAAGCUGAGAGAGCUACAGGACUUUAUUACCGAGCCUUACAACACUGCCCCUGGGCCAAGGCCCUUUACAAAGAUGCCAUUGCUAUGCUUGGAGAUAGUAAACUGCAGGAUAUUGUAGACCUAAUGCUGGAGAAAGAGAUGCGAAUUCAAAUUCCUAUUGAAGAAAUUGCCAUUCUCAGAGGAGAUGAAAACAUUAUCCCAGAUAUUACUAUUUCAGAGGAAAACCCAUCAGAUCCUCCUAAAGAAUGACAUAUAUUGAAGUAGAUAUUUUAAAAUGCUGUGAGUCGUCAAUGGGGCAUAUCUUAUAAUCUAUGAACAUGUUGCUGUGGCAGGUGAUAUCAGUAUUUUCAAUUUUCUUACUAUUCCAAGGUCUUUCUUUAAAGUCAUCUCUUACUGCCAUGAAUCAAUAAACAUAAUGUUUAUCACUGUAAAACACAUCCUUCCAUUCGAAAUUUCCUAAUAUUUUUCCAAAAGAUUAAUUUUGAAAUAUUUAAAAGUCACUGAUGAAUUAAUAACUCCAUAUCAUAAACUAUUAAAUAUGUAAAUGCUUAUAUUUAAGAAAUCUGGAUUGGAUAUGGCUUUAAAAAAAAAAUGGAGCUGUAUGUAAUUAUACAAUGAAAAGUGAGAUAAAAUGUUAACUGGAAGAUUUUCUGAAUUAUAAUUGUAGUGAGAAAGAGAUCUGGAUGAGUUUACAUUGGGCUAUGGUAUGUGAUUUUAUUAUAUAAGGAUUAUAAUCCACCUUUUAGCAUUUUUUAAAAGUUAAGCACUGAACAGAAAUAAACUCUUAUUAUACACUAAUACAUUUAGACUGGUGUCCUCAUCCUGAUUGUUGUAAGUCACUUUGUUUUGAUUUUUUUUUCCCAUCCAAUCUUCAUGUACCAUAAUAUUUAGUAUUCAUAUUCCAUGUCAGUAUGGGUUGAACAGUUUGACAGAAUCCAAUGAGUCAGAGAAAUGUAUCAAGCUCCAAUGCCUGUUUAAGCAUGGUUUCUACUGUGGGAUGCCCUUCCUAAUGCCAACCACUUUACAGAGUGUAUUGGGUGCUCUUUUAUGUCACCAAGUAGCUCGCAAGACCCCCUUCGUUGAGAUGUGUAUAAUUGAGGGAGGUGGUUUUACAAGAGGAGAAAAUGGUGGUGAUGAGCUGUCAGGCUAUACCCAGAAGAUACAAGAGGGUGAAUACCUACGGGAUGGGGGCAGAGAACCAGGUAAGUUUGCAAGGGUGUGAGGUAAGUGACAGAUGGUUAGUGGUGGGGAAUAUAAGGAUUUAGGAAACAUGGAGGUGUGUGGUCAGUAUUGAAUAUCAGUUUGAAGGAGGGUGAAAGAAAUAGGAGUGGGCCAAAAAGGAGGAAGUGAUAAGUGACAGUACAAAAAGUAGGGUGGGCGAUGCUCAAUGACAAGGACUGAGAUUCCGGGUAUAUAGGAGUGGAAUUUCAAACUGAUCCCUUUAUUAAAUCUACAAGGAUGGAUUAUUCUUAUUUAGUUGUCCAUAUCAAAAUAAUGAAAACUAAAUGGAAUGACAUGGUCUCUGUUUUAUGGACUGAAGGCUGGAGGGCAGAACAGUCAAAAUGUUAUGACUAACAACUAACAUUAUUAUACUUGUCUAAAUAUAUCAUUGUAUAAUAAUGAAUUAUUCCUCUCAGUAAUUAAAGCAAGAAAUAGAUUUUAAGAUUGGUAUGUUGGAAAUUUUGGCAUUUCAGUGUAGAUAAUGUGGUUAGAUUAAGAAGCAACACUUAGAGCAAAGACUUGUCCUUAACACAGUAAACUGACAAAAGAUUUAAUUUAGUGCUGCUGUUGCUUAUGACUAUGUGGCUGUGCCACUGAGAAUCUUGGCCAUGAACAUAAUGCAGUACAUGUAAUAGCAGGAUAAAAGAGAAUUUACUAAUCUUUCACCACUUUAUUGCCUGAAUUAUCUGCAUCACUAAUGUAAUACAAGCUAUCUAUUAUAUAUACACUCACACAAACACACCAUCUUCAUGUUGAUAGAAUAUACAAAAACACUAUAACAAGGACUACACAAUGGUUGACACCUCAUAUGCAUUUUUUUUUUUUUUUUACAUAUUCUAGUAGUAAAAACAGUUUUAGUCAAAGUUGCUAGGUUAUUUUAAUGCAAAAAGAAAAACCAAAGGAAUUAGAUGUUACUGUUAGAAAUAUGGUGUAAGUGAAUCCAGAAAUUUGUGAAUGUUAAUAAAAAUAUGGUAUUUAUUAAGUUAGUAAUUAAGGAUUUUUAUUAUUGAUUAAUAAAGUUUAUUUGUAAGUAGGUUUCUAUGUAUAAAAUGGUGCAGAUUUGAUUAUUGUAUUAAACAGUUAUCUUAAUAAAGCACAAGGUAGGCAUAUGUCUACACUGUAGGUGUAGCAAGCAUAUCAGUAUUUGCUGUCAUUAAAAAAAAAGGUCUUUUGAUUUAACCUGCUGGUAGGUUAUAGUUUGUUUGCAAUAUUAGUUGUAUAUUAACUGCUGAAAUGACCUUAAAGCACAAAUGAACUGUGAUGUACAGUCUAGAAUUUGUUAUGGAACUUUGUAUAAUUAAUUUACAAAGCAUUAGAGGAAGGCUUGUCAGUAUAUUCUAAAAAAAUUAGUUAUUAAUCACUGAAUGUAAAACAUAAGCAUAAAACCAAUUGUUUUUAGGUGAGGUGUGUAGCUGUUGGAAUGGAAUCUUAGCACGUCACUGGUACUUAGUUUAUACACUCGAGAUCAGCAAAGUUGAUCCUUGCAGGAUCUAAAUUUGGAACUGAAAAGGAUGAAACUUAAUACUGUAAAAUUUUUAGUUGGAUGCAGUUAUCUCAGCCACUUUAAACACUAUAACAAAAAUAACUGAAUUAAAAUUUUUUUAAUCAUUUAUUUUUCUGAAGAAAGAAAAACAAUUAGCAAUUUUUAGUCACCACUACUGAUCUGAAAAAAUUUCCAAUAAUAGCAAAUAUAUCUCAGAUACAAUUCACUCUAAAUAUGUGUGGUUUAAAUUCUUACCAAAAGUUUCAUAUUGCUACAAAUUGAUGAGAGUAACCUUUAGAUUCUAAACAUUUCUGCCACAUGUAUUGCGCACUGUAUGAAAAAUUGUUUAUUUUUAAUGAAAACUCUGGGACUGGUCGAGAUAACUUGGUUUAUACCUGAUUAUUACAUCCAGCGAAUGUAUGCUGCCUUCUGUCCUAAAUUUGAAGUCCAUUUAUCUCUAUAAUUACUGUAUUAUACUUUAUAAAUUAAAGAAAAUAUACAUCA